AUGUUAACCACCACUUUAUAUUAUAAAGAUUCUAUGCUUACUCCAGCGGAUUAUAGUAAUCUUUACGAUGAUAAUUGGUUGAAUGACCGAUGUAUCGAUUUUUACUUGGAACAUCUUGAAUCCAAUCUUCCUAUAAAAGAAGGAUCCGUUAUUAAACCUUAUCUUUUACGAGCGUCGAUGAGUUUUCUCGUAACAAACAUUGAAGAUACAACAUAUCUUUCUAAAGCACUUCCAAAUCAUAUAUUUUCGUCUGAUAUAAUAUUCAUUCCAGUAAAUAACAAGCAAAAUUUAGAAAGUUUUGUAGGAGGAUCUCAUUGGUCCUUAUUAGUUUAUGUGAAAGCAAAUAAUAAAUUUUUGUAUUAUGAUAGUGCUGAUAAUUAUAAUAUUAGAUUUGCUUAUAAAUAUUCUGAUAAAAUUUCCAAGGUUCUGGGAAUCGAAGGAAAUGUUGAAAUUAUGGGUACCCCACAACAAAUUAAUGGUUCAGAUUGUGGGGUAUAUCUACUUUCCAUCAUUGGUCAACUCUAUCAAAGAAUCAUCGAAUCAUCAUCAUAUUCAAAUCAAGUGGCCUUUGAAGAGAUUCUAAAAGUUGAUACACAGCAUGUUUUGCCUCCUUCUGAAAUGAGACAAAAAAUUAGGGAACUUGUAAAACAAUUGAAGAAUUCAAAGUGA